GCCACUGGGUUGCACCACGUGGGAUGAGUGGGGCAUCGAAAUUUGCGCCCACCUCUGCGCCAAAGAGCGCCUCAACUUGCCCUACACUCCCCUGGAGACAGUGCGGCAGGUGCGCAACAAGGCUCGUUUUCGGGAAGCCUGCGUCAAGGGGGGCGUUCCUGCCCCGCGCUUCGCGAACAUCCACACCAAGGCACAGCUCGAGGCAGCGCUUGCCGAGGCUCCUUGGACCUUCCCGGUGAUCCUGAAGCCAGCGAAAGGUGCUGGCAGCUACUACUGCCUCAAGUCCGAGUCUGAAGACCACCUGCUCGAAGCGUUCCCGCGCCUGAAUGAGUCCCUGCUCGGCGAGCAGAGAACUCCGCAGGAGGAUGCGGCAGCCGGAUGGGUGCUGGAGGAGUUCUUCAGCGGGGCCGAGGUGGACGUAGAUGGCUGGGCCCAGGAUGGCAAAGUCGCUUGGAUGCUUGUCUGCGACAACAAGCCGGCACGUGGAAAAGGAUGCUGUGAAGCUGGCGGCAUGUACCCGUCACAGCUCCCGGCCGAUGUCGUGAAACUCCUAGAAGGACUCACGUCGAAGGUGAUCUCCGUCUGUCCGGGCAUUCACUCCGCCUUCCACUUCGAGGCCCUGGUCGAUCCAGUGAGCAAGGCAGUCAUGCCAGUAGAGCUGAACCUGCGGAUUGGGGGAGCCGAGUGCCCGUGCUGUGUGGAGGCCGUCUCUGGCGUCUUCCUACCUCUCGCCGCUGCCGAUCUCGCCCUGGCCCGGCCCAUGCGCCCGCCCGGCGCACCCAAG